UCGGAAAAAGAAAAUUGAUGCUCCGCGAAAGGAAGAAAAAUCGUAGGAUUUUCCUCGUGGCCCAGUGAAACUUGACAGGUCGAAUUCCAAGAACCCAUUGCGGUGUGGAGUUCAGAAGGUUCGUUGAUUUGUUCGAUAGAUCCAGCCAAGUUGGGGUUCAGUCUUUUCCGAAUAUCUGUUCAACCAUGGCUAAUAACAUUCAACUUCCGCCCCUCUUUUCCCUCGAAGAUGAAUUUGAAGAAUCUGGCCCCGAUGAACAGGCAUCUGAUCUCCCAUCAUCGGCUGCCCGCGAUCAUUGGUGCACCGACUCCUCCAACCCCUUUGCAACCGUGUCCUUCGACCAUUUGAGCAACCAUUCGAACUGGUACUCCGAUUCGGACUCCGAUUCGGUGAGUUGCUUUGUUACAGAUCUUUUUGAAAAUCGCUCGUCGGAGAACUUUUACCGUCGCUGUAACGAUAAUUCUGAUAUUAAUCCGUUUUCGGCCGUUCCUUGCGAUAGUCACGGUGGAGAAGGGUCAAGUUAUGCGGAGAAGGAACUAGGGUCUGGAUCUGGAACGGAAAAAAAUGAUGGGAUUUCUGCAGUAGGCGAGACAUCGGGCUCUGAAAGGGUUCGUUCGCACGCGGAUGGCCUUCGAAUUGUCGGGUUUAGUUCUGAGUCGGAUUCUAAUACCGAUGAAGAGCUUGACAGGGCUAUAGAAUUCAGUUCUGGUGAAAAUGAUGGCAAUAGAAUCAAUGGCUUUGACGAUUUUGAUGUUCAUUUUUAUUGGGACAGCCUUUGCUUGGAGGACCAGAGGACCCUCAAUGAACAUUUUGAGUGGGAGGAUUUAGAGGAAAGAGUCAAUGAUGGAGAAGACUUGAGUGUGGUGAUUGGUGAGGUUGAUGAUCAAUCAGUAGCAUCUGGAUUUUCCUAUGGAGAGGAGUCGGGUGAAGAGGCAUUGAGAUACCUUGAAUGGGAAAUUCUGUUAGCGGUCAACAACUUAGAGAGGAAUUCAAGCGUUGAAAAUGGCGCUACUGCAGGUUCCUUCUUAACGGUUCAGGAUGAUGGUUAUAUGAAUACAACUGAGUAUGAUAUGUUUUUUGGGCAAUUCCUGGAAAAUGAGAGUUCCUUAAAGGGAAGUCCUCCUGCCGCAAAAAGUGUCGUGGAGAAUCUUCCUCUAGUAGAAUUAACAGAGGAGGACUUGGUGGGGGAGAAUGUGGCGUGUGCUGUUUGCAAAGAUGAAAUCAUAUGGAAGGAAAAAGUGAGAAGGCUUCCCUGCUCACACUUUUACCAUGGGGAGUGCAUUAUGCCAUGGCUGAGCAUUCGUAAUACAUGCCCUGUUUGUCGGUAUGAACUACCCACUGAUGAUCCCGAUUAUGAGCAGAGGAAGAGUCAGAGAUCUGCUCAUGAUCUGUUGGAGUUUGCACUUUAG